AUGGACAACAACCUGACCGACUCGCUGCGGCAUGCCUUGGUCAUUGUAUCAGUUGUUCUCAUCUCCGCGGCCGCAUAUUACCGCCGCAGUGCUCGUGAGCUCAAGAGACAUAACGGAGUUCUUGAUGGUGCCGUCCUCGCCAGCUUCAGUGAGUCUCUUGGCGGUGCUGCAAGGAUCCGUGCGUUUGGUCGUGAGCAGCACUAUACCGACAGACUGAAAAGCACCCUUGACGCAACAAAUGCUGCGUAUAUCCUCAGCUUGACCGCCCACCGUUGGUUACCUCCCAGGCUUGACAACCUGGGGAGCGCGUUUUCACUCACCACUGACGUCCUUGUCGUCACGAGUGCAUUUUCUGUUGAUCCCGCCAUUACUGGUCUUGUCCUUAGCUACAGUCCAAGUCUGGUUGGUAUUAUCCAAAUCAUGGUGAGAUAUCUCGCCGACGUCGAUUCGGCCAUGCCCAGCAUGGAGCGUCUGCACCAGUAUGCUACUGCACUCCCGAGCGAAGCAUCACUCGAAUCUCAUGCCCUUACCCGUCCGAACUGGCCUGAAACUGGCGAACAGUCAUUUGAGAGUUUGUCUCACUGCAAGACUUUUCUUUGCACUUUACCUGGCGGCCAACGCUUGACCAUUGUCGGUCGUACUGGAGCAGGCAAGAGCACCAUUCUGCCAACCCUCUCCCGCUUAACCGAGCCCACCGCCGGCCGCAUCCUCCUCGACGGUGACCCGAACCUUCUCCGCGGAACGGUCCGCUCGAACCUCGACCAAUCGGAAACACAAACAGACGACGAACUGAACUCGGCACUCUACCGAGCCCUACUGGCUCCUGCCCUCACGCUCGACACAGCCGUCGCAGUGGAUGGUGCAAGCUUGUCGGUCGGGCAGCGGCAGCUGCUCACUCUGGCACGUGCUCUCCUCCGCACCGAGGCACGCGUUGUGCUCGUCGACGAGGCCACUAGCGCUGUCGACGGGGCGACAGACCGUCGGGUGCAAGGAGUCUUGAUGGGAUUGAGCGGAAAGACGAUGGUUGCCAUUGCCCACCGGCUACGCACCGUGCUGGCGUAUGAGCGCGUCUGUGUGGUGGAUUCUCGCCGGGUGGUCGAGUUGGGUGCACUGAGGGAGCUGUGGGAAGUUGAAGGGCUGUUUAGGAGGAUAAACAGCAGGAACGAUACAUGGGAAGGGAAGUCUUACACAACGUAG